AAGGGAGAGUUUCGUUGGAGUGUGGAGAUUAUGACGAAUCUGAGCUCGCGCUCCGCUACUUCGCUGAAGAAGCGGAGAGCCCUGUACUUCGCAUGCGUGCACAAAUGCCUAUCCCUCCCAUCGCACACCCCCUCUCCUUCCUAGCUAUAAUUCCAGUGCGCCAGCCUCGUGGCCCUGCGCCUGCGCACACCUUCCUCGGAGAGCACGGGCUCGGAGAGCACGGGCUCAGAGACCCCGCGAGAUCGCUGGGGCGCGCAAGGGGGCGGAGCCGGCAUGACCGAUUAGGCGUGCUCGCGUCCAGGGUGAUGAGGGAGGGAGCUGGGAGGAAGCGACAUUGAAAGACUGGGCUGGUUAGAGCAGCGGGGUCUUAGAAGGGUGUGUGGGUGGUGCAUAAAGGCCCGGUCCUCUCUGGACGGCGAACGGAUUAUCGCUGUUACGCUCAGUGCUAGGAGCAGAUCCGGGACAGGGGCCGCGAGCAGGAGGAAGGAGUGGAUCCUUCCCUGUCGCAGACCCUGUCGCCGCCGCCGUCGCCGCCACCGUCCCCCGGGAAAUUUGUCUACCUGCUCGCCCACCCCCACGCCCGCCCUUUGCGGGCCCAGCUGGCCUAGAUCAGAACUACAGCUUUCUGGCUUGUCCUAUCAUCCAGUCUUAGCUGAAGGUGUCUUCUCGGGUUUCUUCAGGAUGCCUGCAGCACUUGUGGAGAACAGCCAGGUUAUCUGUGAAGUCUGGGCCAGCAACCUAGAAGAAGAGAUGAGGAAGAUCCGAGAAAUUGUGCUCAGUUACAGUUACAUUGCUAUGGACACAGAAUUUCCAGGUGUUGUAGUAAGACCAAUUGGGGAAUUUAGAAGCUCCAUAGACUACCAAUAUCAGCUUCUUCGGUGUAAUGUUGACCUCCUUAAAAUUAUACAGCUAGGCCUCACAUUCACAAAUGAGAAAGGAGAAUAUCCUUCUGGAAUCAACACUUGGCAAUUCAACUUCAAAUUCAAUCUUACAGAGGACAUGUAUUCCCAGGACUCCAUAGAUCUCCUUGCUAACUCAGGGUUACAGUUCCAGAAGCAUGAAGAGGAAGGUAUUGACACUUUGCACUUUGCAGAACUGCUCAUGACCUCAGGGGUAGUUCUCUGUGACAACGUCAAAUGGCUUUCAUUUCACAGUGGUUAUGAUUUUGGCUACAUGGUAAAGCUGCUAACUGAUUCCCGAUUACCAGAAGAGGAGCAUGAAUUCUUCCAUAUUUUGAACCUCUUCUUCCCAUCUAUCUAUGAUGUGAAAUAUUUAAUGAAGAGUUGCAAAAACCUUAAGGGAGGUCUUCAGGAAGUUGCUGAUCAGUUGGACUUGCAACGAAUUGGCAGGCAACAUCAGGCAGGCUCAGACUCCCUGCUUACUGGAAUGGCUUUCUUCAGGAUGAAAGAGUUAUUUUUUGAAGACAGUAUUGAUGAUGCUAAGUACUGUGGACGGCUCUAUGGCCUUGGCACAGGAGUGGCACAGAAACAGAAUGAGGACAUGGACUCUGCUCAGGAGAAAAUGAGCAUAUUGGCUAUUAUCAAUAAUAUGCAACAAUGACGACAGGGUAUGGCUCUGCAGGAUGGGCCCAAUUCAGUACUGGUGCUUGCUGUCCUGACUGGUCUCUGUAUGUGUAUCUUUCUCUCUUUUCCCAACAGAAAGAGCUUCUAUUGAGUGAAUUGUUCCUACAGUCUGCAUUGAGCAGAAAGACUUGUGUUUUACUGAAGACAAGUGAUGUCUUCUUUUUAGAUCAGAUGAAAGUUCACUCCGAAUUUGUAAAAAUGGCUUCCCCCAAUCAUCAUCCCCCACUCCUUUCCUCUCCAGUUGCCAUCUAACAUCAGCAUUUAUGGCUCACUGGAUACCUUUUUAAUAACAGGGACAAGUCGGAAACAAGUAAAAUGUAUAUAACUCUUAUCUGUUGUCACUCUUUUCAUUUUAUAAUUUGUUGCUAAUCUUCGAUAAUGAAAUCUUAGUAAACUCAGCUAAACUGAGAGCUGCCAAUGAAAACAGGACAGGGUGGUGUACCUGUGGACUAAUUUGUUAGAUAUUUGGUUCUGAACAAUUUCCUGAGGGAAUUAUCUCUUCCUUACCUACUAGUUUUUAGAUUACAUGGAAAUGGACUACUUGGUCACUGUUAGAAUGGAAACUUCUUAAAAGCAAACAAUUCACAUAUUAGUCUAUCCUUUAGUCAUAGUAAUCUCCAGAACUCAUUAUUUGGCCAUUCAGAUGUGUUAAGUACAUUGUUCCAGAGAUUUGCUGUCAAGUGUGCUUCAUCUGAAGUCUUUUUAGGUAUUACUUUGAUAAAACAUCUUGUACUAAGAUGAAGAAAGUAGCCUUCUAAUUUCUAUUUCCUAAACAAUAACUGGACCAGCAGUCUUCCAACACAGGAAAAUAAUUUCAGAUGGACAUUUGGGGCUCUUCAUUUUCCCUUAAUUUUCCUUCUAGUGAGUUUGAGGAUAAGGUGAAUCUAGUAGUUAAAUGUAAAAAAAAGGGCAGCAAAGGAAUUCAGUUUUUCUUCACAGAAUUCACUUGAAAAUAAUAUUACUACAUCUGGAGUAUAAAUCUCAGGACAAUUUUUAUUUUAAAAUCUAAUCAUUCAAGAAUUGAGUUUGCUACUUCUUGAAUAUUGACUUCUGAAAAUCAAAAUUCGUGUUGCACUGGAGAGAACGAAACUGGUUACUUACUGAAAUCCAUAAACUUAUGUUUUAACAAGUUUAUGGAAGAUUAAAUUCAUGGUACUUCAAACAUGUCUCAGGUAUUAUAAGCUGAUAUUUUAAAUGCUUGUAAAUAUUAUGUUUUUAAUUUUGUAAAAUAAAGACUUUUUAAACUUC